AUGAAACUUCCACUCCUUGAAACGACAGAAAUUCCUUCAAUAGAUGUUGCCCCCGAUACAGGCAAAUGGGUCGUUGCUUCUCUCUUGAAGAAGUCGGAAGCAUUGGGACAGCACUUUGUCCUGGCGGAGGGAUGGUACACAGUCAAAGACAUUUGCGAGAUUUUCUCUCGAGUUACAGGCAAGACUUUAAGACUCGAACAUCUGUCUGACUCUGAAUAUACUGCUUCCGUGGGGCAAGAAAUGUCCGAGGCUUGGCAACUACUGCGAGACUUUGAGUAUUUCGGCCCAUCAGCCAAGAAGCGACCUUUGGAGGCAACUCAAUUCCUAUUCGACAGAACUACCACGUUGGAAGAAUACCUCCGCAAAUCAGCACUUUGGUAG